AUGUCGGAAAAAGUGUCGAAAAAAGAAGAAGCAAGAAGUGCUGCCCUGGAAGCUCAGCAAAGGGGUGCCGGUGACGACGACGACGAUGCCCUCCCUGCAUAUUCAGCCAUGCCAUCACAAGGACCGACGGCAGAGUCGCCCUUGAACUUUCCCUCUGACGGGCCAUCUCCAGGUGUUGCUUCAGCAUCCUCAUUUGCAUCGGCGUCAACACCGACCAGACUCCAGCGCCCCAUCGCGAUUCCCCAAAUCACCCCUCACAAAUCCGCCCCUUUCUUAGAUGCCUAUACACGCCUACUUCUACAAUAUGGCAUUACACCUGAGUCCUGGCGGGCUUUUCUCACCACUAUGUCGGCAUUCUUAGCCGCCAAAGUGUCCGAUCAAGCGCUGGCUCACACCGCCGAUAUAGGGCGCAAGGUGGGUGAUGUGCCAAAACGCUUCGGUCAAGACACCACAAAGGCCGCAAAGUCAGUAGGGAACAACAUCCGCAAUUCUGCAAAGAGCGGUGACUACGUCGGCGCAGCCAUGGGCGCCGUCAGCGGCUCUAUCAGCUUGCCUAUCGGAACUGCAAUGAGGGCCGUCGGCGCUCUGGUGAGCUUACCUGGCGCGACCGUCGGCGCUAUGUCACAGAAGCCACAGACACCUAGGGCGAGAGCUGCGGCUUAUGCUGCGGCGGCAAACGUGAAGUGGUUGAGGCAGAGGGGGCUUCGAGCACAGCUGGUAGAUACAGCGGAGCUGGCGACCAUUGCUGGCUUGCCAGUGACGAGACUGCAGGCUCUUGCGCUCGCCUCUGAGGACCGCAGUGCGGCCGGGCAGAUUUCUGCAUUGAAGGAGUAUAUCACUGAAUUGGAGACUUUUACGGGCAGUGCGCUGGAGUUCGGGGCAAGUACUCUUUGGUUGGUGAUCUUUCCAGAUGACGGUGUCGGUACAGCUCUGGUGGCAGGGGAUGGGCUUAAGGCUAAAGACGGAAAUUGA